CCGAUUUUUUUUUUUUUUUUUUUCAUCCUCAAAAGACAUUCAAGACUGAAGCCCCAGACUCCGGUGACUCUACUGAAGGCUGAAGCCGUCAAGCGACACCCCCAAAUCCCAAUACGUACUCAGGCGCCUGUCGACAGCGAACAGCUGAGCAUCCACAAUCAUCAACGUCCGGCGCUACUCAACCAUUUCAGAUUCUCUCCUUCUCAGCCUCUCAGCCCCCAUGAGUCUUUGUGAUGUUAGUUGUGGUCUUAAUCUCAACCUCACUGUGAUUCUGAGGCUGUGAGUCUGUAUGCGAACACAUCAGAAAAUCAGCAACUCAUAUGAUUUCUCUAAUUCGCAUUUAAAAUUCUUCAUUGAUGAUCUUCACGUCACAGCGUUCAUGAAUCUCCUCGCUUCUCCAUCUAAUGUGCCCUAGUUUCCACCACAUUCAUAACCCUAAAAGUUGAUUCGGAAGCAUGAUCUCUUCAAAAUCCGCAUCUGCUUCUCAAGCUCAUGUUGUGAACCAAGUAUUAGCAGCCAUAAUCCAAAACCGUCCAUUCGACUCCCAUCUUGCAAAAUCCCCCUCUCUAACCCAUCACUUUUCAAAUCCACCAUGGGCGAAUGAGCUCAUCACCAAUGUCCUAAGAUCCAUUCCAAGAUUCUUCUUUCAAUCCCCAAGAUCCAUCGGGCGUCAAAACACCUCCAGACACCGAGCUCCUCUCAAACAAAGAAACCUCCAUCAAGAAUCAAUCAAAAUCCAUAACCACACGCUUCUUCUUGGACCAGGUGCUUACAGAGACCCAGAAAAAGUAACCUUAGGUUUAAACAAAGCUCUCGAGUUUUACUACUGGGUUGAAUCCCAAUUUGGGUUUAAUCACAACGAAAUAACUUGUAGAGAAAUGAGUGUCAUUCUAGCUAAAGGUAACAGAUUGAAAGAUCUUUGGAACUUUCUCAAAGAUAUGUCAAGAAGAAACACUGGUAAUCUAGUUACAACCACGACCAUGACCUGUUUGAUAAAAGUCCUAGGAGAACAAGGUCUAGCAAAUGAAGCAUUAGCUGCAUUCCACCGAAUGAAACAAUUCCAUUGUAAACCAGAUGUUUUCUCAUAUAACACAAUAAUCAAUGCAUUAUGUAAAGUCAACAACUUCAAAAUGGCUAAGUUUUUAUUCGAGCAAAUGGAGUUACCAGGGUUUAGGUGUCCACCCGAUACUUUCACUUACACAAUCAUGAUUAGUUCAUACUGUAAACUCAGCUUACAAACCCAAUGUAAAAAAGCUAUUCGAAGGAGAAUAUGGGAAGCUAAUCACCUAUUUCGGAUCAUGUUGUUUAAGGGUUUUAAGCCUGAUGUUGUGACAUACAAUUGUUUGAUUGAUGGUUGUUGCAAGACUUAUAGAAUCGAAAGAGCUUUGGAGUUGUUUAAUGAUAUGAUGAAACAAGGUUGUUUUCCAAAUCGUGUGACUUAUAAUUCUUUUAUAAGAUAUUAUUGUGUUACUAAUGAGAUUGAUAAGGGUGUUGAGAUGUUGAGGAAGAUGGAAGAUUUGAAACAUGGGGUAGGAAGUACUAGUUCUUAUACGCCUAUUAUUCAUGCGUUUUGUGAAUGUGGAAGAGUGUUAGAGGCAUGGGAUUUUGUUCUUGAAUUGGUUGAUAGAGGAUCAAUACCUAGAGAAUAUACAUAUAGAUUGGUUUAUGGGAUGUUGAAAUCUUUAGGGAGAAUGGAUUUGUUGGAUAAUGUGAUUUGUGGAAGAAUUGAAGAGGGGAUUAAGAAUAGAUAUAAACAUGUUAUGAAAGUGAAACCAAUUAUGUAUGAGCCACAAUUUGAUUUAGAAUAAUGGGGAGUUCUUUUA